CUAGUAUUCGUCGCCCCCUAUCAUUUUCCGUGAGAGAGAGAGGAGAAAAAGAGGGAGAAAACCCCUUUCUCUCCGAUAGCUUUCGUUCUUCUUCUCUUCUCUUCGGCGUCGAUAGAUCUAGGGUUAGGGUUUUGGGGGGAAGGAAGAUGGGGCAGCAGUCGCUGAUCUAUAGCUUCGUGGCCCGGGGGACGGUGAUCCUGGCGGAGUACACGGAAUUCACGGGGAAUUUCACCAGCAUCGCCUCCCAAUGCCUCCAGAAGCUCCCGGCGAGCAACAACAAGUUCACCUACAACUGCGAUGGUCACACCUUCAACUACCUCGUCGAGGACGGAUACACUUAUUGUGUAGUCGCGGUUGAGUCAGCCGGCAGACAAAUUCCAAUUGCCUUCCUGGAGAGGAUUAAGGAGGAUUUCAACAAAAGAUUUGGAGGAGGAAAAGCUGCAACAGCUGCAGCGAACAGCCUCAACCGAGAGUUUGGCUCAAAACUGAAAGAGCAUAUGCAGUAUUGUGUGGACCACCCUGAGGAAAUAAGCAAACUGGCAAAAGUGAAAGCACAGGUUUCGGAAGUUAAAGGAGUUAUGAUGGAAAAUAUCGAAAAGGUUCUUGAUCGUGGGGAGAAAAUCGAGCUGCUUGUUGACAAAACUGAGAAUCUUCGUUCUCAGGCUCAAGAUUUCAGGCAGCAGGACAAAGAUGAGGAGGAAAAUGUGGUUCCAGAACAUGAAGAUAAAGCUGAUCGUUUUGGGCAUCAUCAUUGCAUUAAUCCUCAUCAUAAUAUUGUCUGUUUGCCAUGGCUUCAAAUGCUGAUAUGGGUGGAUAUAUGAUCGCUACACAUCCCUCAUUCAAACUGGUGCUUUUGAGUAUAGUAAUGUCAUUUGCGACUGCAUAAAAGUUUGCUUUGUUGAUGAAUUGUGGUUUAGUAUUAUCCCUUUUGAAUGAGUAUUUUCGUUCUAAUGUUCUCCUGUUGGGAACUGGGUUGGGAUUGACAUUGUAUUUUGGAUGUUAUGCAUGUAUAGCCUGAACGCUAUUCUUUCUAGCUGUAUGAGUAGAAAGGUCUUACCAUGCCCUGUUGUCACGGUAUGGUCAUUUUAUCGAUUUUCUGAGUGUUAAUGA